GACGGCUUCCGACGAUCCAGCGGGUAACCUCACUUUUCACAUACGAGCACGCUGCAGUCAUGAGCGACCAGAAUGAGGCGGAGCAGAAGCCACCCGAGUAUCGCAGUGGCAGACGCCAUCGCUGCCUCAAACCCGGCUGCGGAAAGUCAUUCAGCCGCCCAUCGCACCUUGAGCGCCAUGCCCUGAAUCAUUCAGAUACGCAAUGGACGUGUGCCCGUUGUCAGGCGUCAUUUAAACGGCUAGAUCUUCUAGAGCGGCACAAGGCCCGUCAUUUACACAAAGACCGACUAGCCGGCGGGCGCGGUAAGGGCGUUCUGAAGACCAAAAGGAGACGAGCCCUUGGCCAACACUCCCGGGAUUCCAACAUUUCUACAGCAGCAACUAGAGACACUGCCUUUCCUGCGUUGCUCUCGCCAGUAGAUACGAUAGCAUGCGCCUCCACCACCCGGGCAAUUGAUGGCACAUCUCAUAGUCUACCUGAUAAGGGCAUACUAGACGGCGAAGUACGCCAGCAAUCGUUGACGCACUUCUCGCCACUGCCCUUUGAAGAAGGCUUUAACCACUGGCAAGAACUGGAAAACAUAUAUCACGAUCCGGCUUUUGACUCGGUCCAUUUUAACGUAUCAAGCCUGUCAUCGGAUCCCCUCGAUGACCACAAUAUCCUGGGCCAGACUCCUCAGACGCUCAGUGUUCUAGAUUGGUUGGACGAAGAGAGUUCAGCUCCCACCACUGGAUCAGUCAUAGAGCCAUCGCGUGGAAGCGGGCCGAGCCUUGACGCCCAAUGCCCGGCUAUCGACGUCGGGGAGCCGGCGACACUGGUGACUUCUACUCUGGUCAAAUCACCUUCAUCAUCCGGUGUGGAAACCUCUAAUAUCAUUGAGCAUAUCCAUGAUCAAACAGACUGUGAAGAGUCAGAUCCUGUCGAUCAGCUGAAUAAUCUCAACAUCACUGGCUCCCGGAUUUCCUCUACAAAGCGACGAGAGAUUAUAAGCUACAUAUCAGACAUACGUCCGGUACACCCAGAUGGAUCCUUAGUCGAUGAGCACAAUUCUAACCUUGGAUUGGGUAAGAUGCAACAUGAUUUGGAUCUCUUUUUUAAACACUUCAACACCGAGUAUCCGUUGAUACACCCACCUACCUUUGACGCCAACACGGCCAGCCCCAUGGUCCUCUUGGCUAUGCUCAUCAUGGGCGCCACGUACGGAUCCCGAGAAUCACAUCAGCUAUCCGUCUGCCUUUAUGAUGCGGUGAUUCCACACAUAUUGAGCGGUUUAAUCAGUAUCCCAAUGCCCGAUCUAGCAACUCUUCAGGCUUUUCUUGUUCUGGAGUGCUACGGCAUGUAUCGAGCUGGACCGUAUCAGAGGGAGAACGCAAUUCUCAUUCAUACGCUACUAUUUAACGCUAUCCGACGACUCUCAAGAUAUCACGUCAGAGCCAGGAUCGCCCUCCCUGACUCCUUGACGCACCACCAAGAAGACUGGGCGGUAUUUGCUUAUGCUGAGCAGUACAAGAGGCUGAUUUUAUUUGUCUUCAUGUGGGACACACAAAAUGUCUCAUGCUUCUCUUUCAUGCCGAGCAUGUCUACCCAAACCAUCAGCGUCCACCUACCUUGCCACAACAAUCUUUGGGAUGCCAGUAGCGAAGAAGACUGGAAGAGACUAAUCAUUCUACACGACGAGCAGCCCAAGUUUAAUAACGUUCUACAAAGCAUUGUAGAAGGCAGCAACAUCUUACAAUCCGAGACUCUCAGCACGCUGCCGCUGACCUUCCUCCUCCACGGACUAAUGUGCAUGUGUAACGACAUGGUGCAUUUUAACAACAGGGCGAUCCACAUCAACCAGAACAAAGGAGAUGAUCAAAAUUCACCAUUGUGGAGACUGCAGUUGAUGCAUGCCUUGGACGUAUGGAAGGCUCGCUAUGACGCAUAUUCGAUGGAAACGGUCCAGAGCACUCGGGGUGGGCACAUCCAAGCUGAUUUUGAGAAGGAUACAGUCUCACUUUUAGCUCUAUACCACACCGCCCACAUCAUUGUCAAUACUGAUGUGCGCAAUCUACAGAUUGCAGCUGGGGCCAAGGCCGUCUUUGGGCACAUGGUGACUUCCGAAGAUCGCGCCGAGAGCACACAGCUCGUGCAGCAAUGGGUACAACAAAGUCCAAAGUCAGCAGCCCACGCAGCAUGGCACGCAGCACAGAUGUUCCGAGAAGGCCUGCUCAAACUUCAAUCCUGGGACGACACGGAAGCUUUUCAUUAUCCUUGGUGUCUGUACAUUGGCACGCUGACUUGUUGGGCUUUCCAGCACUUCUCGGUCGAGGGAGUCGUCUGCAAUCAUGAUUCUAUGCAGAAGGGGGAAAUGGCCGGGAACUCCAAGGCUUCGAUGACCAAUACCGUCUCUCAAAUGGCGUCGUUGACUCUGAUGAAUGACAGCAAGAGGCCGACGGAAUGCUGCACUCACGGUUUGGCGGUUGAGGUUGCCGAGUAUCUGAAGACUAUCCGCUGGACGGCAGCAUACGAGGCAACCAAGGUUCUCGAGGGAUUGGCUGGGCUGGGUCGACCCGUUAGCUAGUCUGGAACAAAAUUUGUUGAGACUUACACCACACUGCCACUAUUAUAUUGUUGACUGCUUUACUGAGAACAAGGCCCUGAUCCUCGGCUCUCACGAUGCACCAAGCUAAACCUCAACUCUGAUCAUUAAAUCAGCAGCCCUCAACCGAUGCGUUUGGCAACGCAGAGCCAGCUGCGAUUCCAGGAAUCAUCUGUGAAAAAUCAAUUACGUCCAAAUUUGCGGAUGUCGAGGCUCUCGUCAGGGUUCACGCUUGGGUCAUAAAUCCUGCCGACAAACAUGAUUCCGGCCAUUGAAGCAUGAUUGAAGCCACUGGGAGCAGGUUGUACCUAGCAUAUCAGACGACGCUAUGCUCAAACAGGAAUGAAUAGACCUGCGAUAUCAUGCUAGACUGAAAAGGGAAAGUAUAGACC